AUGGACAUUAUUGGACAUCGACAUUCCCAAGCCGUAGGAAAGUUGCAGCUCGCUGUCAAGCAAUCGUCGUCGGCCGCUUGCGCUACCCUCGGAACGUGAGUUGGAAGGUUUUGUGUCUCCCGAAACCAAAGCUGACCUAUGCGCUCAUCGGUGCUGUAGAUUGCUGGCUCGAGGCCUCAGGUCUGAACACCAGUCGCACUCGCACCCCCAUCACCCGUCGAGUCCUUGCUCGCCCGUCGCCUCUUCGCCCGCUGACUUGGGAAGCUCCUUCUUCAAGACAUCCCCACCGCAUUCCCACUCUCAUCACCAUCAUCACCACCAAGAACACCAUGCUCACACCACCCACCACGCUUCUCAUGCGAGACCGAAACUGUCCUCACGAGCGCUCUCCCACACGCCGCCUACCACCCACAAUGCCGAUGCUCUCGCCGCUGCCCAACUCUUCCUCUCGGGACUCGAGAUCGAGCUCAACAAGCCUGUCCAACCUGCGUCGGGGAGCAAAGUGAAGAGAACCGCUGGAACUGACAGUGUGUCCGAGGAUGAGUCUGCGGAGGGCAAAUAUUUCAGUUUGGAACGAUCGCUCGAUCUUUCGGUUGGAGUGAGUGCCGUCGCUUGGAGCACUGUCUGGUCGAUGGAGCACUGAUGCAGUCUUCGAACGGGCUCCCAGCUCACCGACAGCUAUCGAUUUGGCGUCGUUUGCCCGCCCAUGGACUACGACGUAUCCGUUCCGGGAUCGGCGAAGGAUCUAUGGUCCCAAGGCGCGGCCAUAGCGCAACGUGCGCUCGCCCACCCCGCCAUCGCGACGCCGUCCGUUUCUUCGCAAAUAAAGGUGGCCGAUACAUCGAAGCCUCCCCAAUUCGCUCGAUCGCGCUCCGUUGCUCGGUCCUACAAUCACCCUUCGACGGUACUGCCGCCUGCGGUGGCCCACCCUCAUCUCUCUCUCAAGGCCAAGCUGCGCUUGACCAUUACCGUGCACCUGCUCUACCUCUUGGCGUUGCAAACUUGGGUCACGGACAAGGCCCGAGCAGAAUCGUAUUGGCAAGAGAUUGUUAACCUCGGCUCGAAUCUGCACGGAGGUGUCGGGAUCAAGGAGGGUGAAGAAGUGGUGGAGCGAGCGAGACGACGGAUAGCUGGGAUCCAUCGCACCGAGGGACCAGACGAGGCUUGGCAUUUGGCCAAGGCCAAGAAGCGCGGAAGAGGUAGAGGUAGUAUCAGCAAGGCCGGCGCGGGGGAGGGCGAGGUUUCCAAGUCUACGGCUACGAAUGCACGUGGAUCGACUCGUCAGACCUCGGGCGAUGCCGUCUUGGACAUGCGCAUGGAAGCCGAAGCGGCUGCGCAAGCGCGGGCGCAGGCUCAGCAGGCGGAAGCGGAGCGAUCGAGCGUAUCGUCGGCCAUCACGAUCAAGGGUGUUCCGACACGAAAGCAAUCGAAUGACUCGAGUAGUCCGGUUCUGUCGAGCUCGUAUGGUGGUCCUUCCCGGACACUGUCGAGGUUUGGCUCGAGCGCCAGCUUCCCCAUGUCGACCUCGGUCAGUGGUGGACGCACACCUCGACCGAGCAAGUUCCAUUUCGCACCCGACCCUCCUACGGACUAUCCCUCGCCUCCUGAUACUCCCGAUUCGUCACCCAAACAGCACGACGAGGACACACUCGGACAGCAAGCUUCCAGCGUGGCGUGCAGUUCGCCGAGGCCGAGUCUUUCAACCACGCUGACGACAACCGAACCCGAGUCCUACUUUUCCGAGGCUCAUUCGCCUUCGUCGGCGACUUCGGCGCAUACGUCCCACUCGGAAUCGAUAGCCGACCAUCGCACCUCUGGGUCGAAAGGGCUCACGAGCGAAGGUGCGAUUCCUCGACGUCGUCGUCGGAUCGUCUCUGCGGGAGCAGCCAGCUUCGCUUCGAACAUCUCGCUACCGGCGUUGAACGCGACCAGUCGCUUGUUGGCUCGCGUCGCUUCCAGCGCGAGUAUCUGCACCCUUCCACCCGACUUUGGUUCGACAACUCGGAAAGGCAAAGGUCGAGCCGUCGAGCUGCCUGCGAUCGAUAGUCAUGGCGUGCAGGCGAGCUUUAGCUUGCCCUAUCGACAGUCAACGGAUGUGGAUGAUGCUCGGGUUACGGGGACUUUGAGACGAUGGAAUUGGUCGAGCUUCAAAGCCCAUUCUAGUCGCUUCCUCGGCUCGCUGCAUCAUGGUCACGAGGUUCAUGGUAACUCGGCUAUGGAUGCGCUCAGGCACGUGUUGCAAAAGGACGACGAUAGCGCACCUCCGUUGACGUACUGGGGACUACUCGAGGAAGAGGCUGAAGAGACCGAGCAUGAGAACGAGGAUGGACAAGAAGAUGGGGAGGAAGGAGAAGGGGCGACGCUUCUCCUCGACAGUGACAUCGAUGACAUCGUCGUUGGAUCAUCGCACAUCUACGAACGCUCGAAUGCGGUCGCUGCACCUGAAGAGGUUAUAGAGCGUGAAGAAGCCGACCCUGAGCCCGAAUCGAAGGUGCACGAAUCCAAGAUUAGCUCGAAGAAGCUCGACAAUGCGUUCCAACGCGCCAAAGCCCCCGGUGCAGCGAAUCGUUCCUUCGUCGACGUCACCUCCGCAUGCGACGACUACCCUACCUCUCGCCCCCGAAUGCAUUCUCGCAAGGUCUCUGCGAAUGGCAAACCCCCUUCGCCCGAAUAUGGAGGGAUCGUACCCCCUUCUGCUCUCGUCGCUCCUAAAUUCGGUCGUCUCGAACAUCGUUCCUUCUCCUCCCCCAAUCUAGGAGGGGGAAACGAUCAAAUGGAUCCACUCCUCCUCGAACUCGAACGACGCUCUCGCGUCGGCGUCCGAACGGUCUGCGCGACGUGUGGCAAUAAAGGAUUGAACUACCCGACUUCGAGAAGUGGGAGCACGUAUUGUUCGCGCGAGUGUAGGGUCAAGGGGAAUGCGGCCGGUGGGGGUUCCGGGUGUUCGACUCCGUCGCGUGAGUCGCGCGAGUCGAUCGUGUCAUCGUGA